CGCUCCCGGAGGAGGAGCAGGCGCUCCCAGAGGGGAGGACGAGCAGGCGGACCAGGUGGUCCACCAGGAGGGGCCAGGGGACGACGAGCAGGCGGACGAGGAGGGCACGGAGGCCUCUGCUUCGUCAACCGUCUACCAGCGAGGUCCGGCGAGUCUCCCCCAGCGACCGAUUCCUGAAGCAAAACGCCCGAUCAUAGCUCCCCAAGGGGAUAAGAACUGGAUAGUUGUGGAGAGGCCCGUUGGUGCUCACAGACGCCAUGUGAAUGGCAUCUUGGGUCUUCUGGUUAGGGAUCACUUCCCUGGCCUGGUCACGUUGGCCGGAGAGCCAUGUCCGGCCUAUACGUGGGAGCACUACCGGGCCGUCCCCGACAUGCAGGAUGUUGCCGGCAGACAGUGGCCCAACUUGGCUGAGCGAGUGAAGGGCGAGCUUUGGGAUUUCUACAGACUACAGGCCGGGAUGGACGCGCAGGCGGAUGUGGUUGCCGAGUAUCGCUGCAAAAAGCUCGUUACCGACAUGUUCUACGAGCAGCGCCUCCAGUCAAUCAUCAACUACCACGCCGUCGUCCUUGGACAGAAGGUCACCAAGGCGCAAGCAAGAACUAUGACGUUGACUGAGGAGCAGUACUUGCAGAUGGUUCCUCAUUGGUGUGCCCACUUUCCUGAGUGCUGGCAGCAGAUAGUUGCUAAGUGGUUAUCCGACGACUGGAACGCUGUGCACCAGGAGCGUCGUGAGCACCGUCUGACUAUGGCCGGUGUGCCACACCACCAAGGCAACCGUAACCUGACCGAGUACGCCCAAGCAUGGUCGGCGGCACAUGGAGGGCAGCAGUGCAACAAAUUCAUGGCGUAUGCUCUAUCCCACAAGGGUAAAGCGACAUCCAGCGUCAGCUACAACGCGGAGGACGGGCCCGAGGCGUACAGCAACCCGAGCAUCUAUACUCGCCUCAAUGAGUACACAUCGAUGGCGAGGGAGGUGCACGGCCAAGAGUACGAUCCGACCCAGGAGGAUCUUGACGCUGAAAUUGUCAUGAAGGUCGGAGGAGGAAAGAAGCAUGGACGGUACUGGAUUUGCGACGGCGCGAUCGACUCCUCUUCUACUCCGACUCUAUCUCAGAUAAAAGCACGGCAAACGAGCUCGAGCGCAGGCAUCCGACCUCGUCCGGACAGUUCGACGAGCCAAGUCCAGGCACUCCAGGCUCAGCUGCAAGAAGAGAGGAGAGAACGUAUGGAGUUGGAGGCAAGGAUGAGGGCGGAGAUGGAGGCCGAGCGGGAGGCUGACCGACAGAGGAUGGCGAGCAUGUUCGCGUACAUUCAGAGUCUUGGCGCAGCGACGGGUCUACCUCCGCCACCUCCCUUCGUCACCCCACCUAGACCACCCACCGAUCCGUUUUCUACUUCAAAUCAGUCGGCGGCCUCCAAUGAUCCGUAUAUUUCUCCAAAUCAGACCAACCAGAACAACUAGCCACCUUCGGCAUAGAUGAUGGAGUUAUUUGCAAUUGAGACUUAGCUAGACUGAAUGCAUGUACUUUGAUUGUUCAUUGUGUACUUUGUGAUAUACUUGGCUACAGUGAAUGUGCCUACAAAGUUUGAGCCCCAUAUUGGA